AUGGUUGUGCCGCUGCUCGAGCUGAGCAUCGUGAAGGGCUACCAGACCACCGUCGCCAACAUGCGCGCGCUGGACAUGGAUCUCAAGGAGCACAUCCCCUUCUCCUUCCUGUUCCGCGGACCGCCUGGCACGGGCAAGACGUCGACGGCGUGCCGCAUGGGCAAGGUCUACUACGACAUGGGCUUCCUGUCCACGGCCGAGGUGCUCCUGGACUGCGGAUGA